AUGUCUAAAGCCUCAAUUGCAAUUAUUGGUCUCAAUGGAUUCCUUGGAAAGCAUGUUGUCAAUGCCAUCAACUCCGGUGUUUUUGACUCCAAGAUUCAAUUCCCCAUCAAAGCAAUCACAAGAAAGGAAGGAUCCAAAUCAACCGACAAGAUUGAAUACGUUGUUUCUGCUGAAACAUCACCAAACGAUUCCCAUUUAAUUGAUUCACUCAAGGGAAUUGAUGCUAUUGUUGAAUUAACUGGUCCUAACCCCGAAUUGUUUUCGAAUAUCGAAAAAAUUGUUGAAAAAGUCAAGCCAAAAUUGUUUAUUCCUUCACAAUUUGGUACUGAUAUUCCUCAAGUUGAUACUUAUGCUCCUGGAUUUUUGACUUUAAAAUCUCAACAUUCUGAAGCUGUUCGCAAGUUGGGAGUUAAAGUUGUUGAUGUCAUUACUUCGUUAUUUGCUGUUCCCGGUGCUUUUCUUUAUGACUGGGUUGGAGCAGUUGGUAUUACCGAACAAGGAGUCAAUUUGAUUGGUGAUAUUGAUCAGAAAUUCAAUAUUUCGAAAUUGGAAGAUGUCGGAAACGUUGUGUUGGCAGUUGCAACUCAUCAGCCAUACUCGGAUUUACCUGAUCUAGUUCAUGUUGUCAGUGACACGAUUACCGUUAAAGAUGUUAUUGAGAAAUAUGAAAAGUCAAAGGGAAUUAAAUUGAAUAUUGUGUCGAAGAGAUCAGCUGAAGAAGGUAAGAAGGAAUUUAUUGAUAAGUUGAAUGCCGGGUUUAACCCAAAUGACUUUUUGUUUUAUUUGCAAGUAAUUGUUGCUCAAGGCUUGGAUAAAGGAUUGUAUUUCAGCAAGUUGGAUAACGAAUUGUUUAAUCCUAAAGAGUCAUUGUGGAAAUGGGGUAAAUUUUAA